AUGUCCCCCUACCGCGCACAAGUGACGCUCGUGAAGAAGAUCUGGCAGCAGCGGAAUCCAGAUGCCAAGGUCAAGCCAAAAGCCCAGACUGUCGACGCGUCGCAGGGAUCGGAAGCGGGAGCUGUGGUCAUUUUGAUCACAAGAAACUGUGGCUCCGCUGGUUCCCUCCGGUCGCCGAAGAGGACCAAAGCGAUGACCACAAGGGCUCGUCACUUCGAAUACUUCGUCGUUACGAUCACGACCUUCGGCAACAGGGAGAAGUCUUCGUUGUUCGGCCUGUUGUGA